CCUUUAAGUUCCCCACUAUUUGUCUGUAAUGUCCUUUAUCUUGUCUCUGCACUAAUCUGAGCUCUUUAAUAUUCUUUUGAUGGAUUGGUGACCACUACCGCACUACGUAUUUAAGAUAAAGUGUAACAUGUAUGCAUCGGGAGGCAAAUGUAGGCUUUCAUGCCUUUAAAUCAAAUUUAUUUUUAUACGAGAGAGCACAUUAUAAUAAUCACAUGCCUGUUUAUUAAACAAAAAACAUCUCUAUACCCUCUACACAUUAUAUAACCCCUUUAUAAGGUCAAUGCAAAGCAAAUUGAUAUCUCUUGUUACUAUGUAAUAUUUUCCUUAUUUCAAUUGCUUUUUUUAAAUGUUAUUUCCCAGAAUUCUGGAUCAGUCGUCCAAGAUGAGUCAGCCACCCCAGUUGAUGGUUGAUCCAAGCGAUGCUCUUACUAAUCCAGAGGGUAAGUUCAUGUCUAAAGCUGUGGUUCCUCCCGUAAACCCUAACUGGAGCCUCCCAGCUAUCACCGAAGAUAUUGCAAAAGAAGCCUUACUGGAAUAUGCCUCAGAUAAAUUAUGCUAUGGCACUUCCCCAGCAAGAAAUCUCGAAGUCAAGGAGCUCAGGCACUUUAAUACCUAUAGGUACCGUCUGGAAACCUUCACUGAAUCACGGGUUUUUGAGAAGCAGAUUAAACCUUACGAAGGUGAGAAAGAUGACAAAGGAGCCAAAGUUCCUAAAUCAGCUUGGGAAAUCCAAGUACAGCGUCCAGUUUUCUUUAAGGAUGAUGUGAAGAAAAUGCCAGUUGUUGGCACAACCUCUAUAAAGACCUGUGACCAUUGUAAUGGGAAAGGCACAAUCAAAUGCGAAGUGUGCUCUGGAUCUGGCAAGGUCAGGUGUGUAGCAUGUUAUGGCAUAACGCGUUGUGAUGAGGUAUGCACCAGCUGCGGUGACUUUGGGACCCAAAGCUGUGUGUGCUACGACGGGACUCUUGUUUGCAAUGUCUGCUCUGGUAAAAAGCAACUUGUGUCCUUUACUCAGCUGGUCGUCACAUGGAAAACUAUCCUGUAUGAGUAUGUAGAUGAUCACAACACAGAUUUCCCUACGGAUAAGUUCAAGAAGGUGAAGGGAGAGAAGAUCUUUACAGAUGAGCAGCUGUUGGUACCGCCGAUAGUUAAUUUCCAUAGACAGUCCAUAAAUACAACAUCUCAGGAGGCUUUGGAAUAUCAUCAGUCUGAGCUCUCUUCUUCUCCAGUCCUUAAACUGAGACAGAGGCAAAGCAUUGAGUGGCUGCCCCUUACACGAGUGCAUUACAAUUGGAAGGAGAAGGAGUACACGUACUAUGUGUAUGGGAUAGAGAACAAAGUGUACUUGGAGAACUAUCCACAGAAGUUUCACUGCACAGUCAUGUAAACUGCAUGGAGAUCAACUGGAACGGAUUUUUAUUCAUAGAAUUCUGUUUUAGCAGAGUGCCUUAAUACUGGCUGUAUUCUCCUGGGUGUAAGGGCUUGUAGUGAUGAAAUCCAUUAUAUGUAGUAUCCUAGGUUUCAAUUUCCUUUGGUUAGGCGCAAAUGCUGCUGCAAUAAGGAACGCAAAAUAUGCAUCUAGUUUGUUGUAAAAUGCCCUGGUUGUACCUUUGUCGGCACAUGCAGAAUAUAGAACAGCUCUCAGAUGCACAAGAAAAACCAGCGCUGAGCAAGCAUUAAAGGGCAUGUAAAGUCUAAAAUAGAAUAAGGCUAGAAAUGCUGUGUUUUGUAUACUAAAUAUAAAC